CGUUUGUUUGGGUUCGUGCCAGAGAAGUGUUCUGCCUACGAAGCAUCACGGUGGAAUUUGCCUUCGGUCUAAUUUCUCAUUUGGGUGAAAAUUUGUACUUAUUGAACCUAGAUUGUGCGGCAUCUGAAACGUUUCAGUUUUCUAAACUUCCGGAAAGUUUAAAUCUCGUUCUGUAUUUGUUACAAUCAAGUUGAUUCGAUAAUUUGCUCAUAACCACGGUGGAAAAUGAUGGAUUUUGCGACGAUUCAAGGAUACUCGGACAGUGAGCUGUACAAUCAGCUGAAGAAGCAUGGCUUGGACAGACCUGUUAAUGGCAAUACCAGGAAAAUAUUGGAAAAGAAGCUAGCCAGCAUAUUAGGAGUGCCGACGCAAGGCAGCUCACCCGGCAGCGAGGAAUACGAAGAAGUCUACGAUGAGCCAGAAGGAGAUGCCACAUUUGACGAGAGUUUUUCCGGCGGUAAUGGUGACUCGAUCCGCCGCCGUGGUCGUCAAGGCCACGAUACCUUCGGCAAUUCGUUCUACGUGGAGGAACUGGACGCCCGCCCCACGGAGAUUCUGCGUGCACGCCGUGCCUCCGAGGUAGAACACAUGGCGGAGGAGCUGGCCAAGUUGGAGAAGAAAUGCGAGAAAAUCGGCGGCGGUCCCGGCGCGGCCAAAGGCACGGGUAAGGGCCUCAUCGUCCUGGCCAUUCUCAUCGCCAUCGGGAUCUUCUUCGUGAUCACCUACAUCACCGGACAGGAGAACGCCGACGAGAUCAUCAUCGGCAAAGUGCCGCAUGUCCAGGUGAACACCAACACCGGCGAGGCCAAGAUCCCCCAUAAUAAAGGGCCCGGUAUCCCCGGCGAGGAUCCGCCCGUGUAGAUUGGAUGCGCAAUUGUUUGGCUCUGAAGGUUUCCUUGAUUCCUCUGUGUCCUAGCAGAUUGUUUUACCUGGGUUUCUCGUGGGUUAUUUUGAUGGUUGGGCGCCAUUUUCACGUUUAUGGUUGAUUUUUAGCGGUAGUGUAGUCCUUUCGUUUCAUUUGGGAUUUGUUAGCUGUUUCAUUGCUUACUUAUGUUUUUCGCAAUAAACCCGAUAGAAUUCAGUAUUGAAUUUUGCCGUUUCCGCUAUGUGGCUAUGUGUUGGUUUCCAUUAAAAGCUCGGCAAGG